AGCAUACAACUCAAACCUGAACUACAAUUGUGAUUGUUUGCAGCUCGCCCGUUGCCUGGGGUGUUAUUUUAAGAAAGCAGAAGCAGCAUCAUUUGCACACUCCUUAUAGAUACACACGUUGGCCCUGGCUUUCUGGCUUCAGUGUUUCAAAAGUGAAGACAAGAUGAAGAAGACUCACUUGCUUCUCUGGGGAGUCCUGGCCGUUUUUGUCAAGGCCAUCCUUGUAACCGGUGACAAUGAAAAGACCAUUCUUGCUGACAACAAAUGCAUGUGUACCCGAGUUACUUCCAGGAUUAUCCGGUCUACUGAGAAUCCUAAUGAGGACAUUGUGGAGAGAAAUAUCCGAAUUGUCGUCCCUCUGAACAACAGGGAGAAUAUCUCAGAUCCCACGUCUCCACUGAGAACGAAAUUUGUGUACCAUUUGUCUGACCUCUGUAAGAAAUGCGAUCCUGUGGAAGUGGAGCUGGAUGACCACAUCGUUACCGCCAGCCAGAGCACUAUCUGCAGUGAAGACAGUGUUGUUCCGGAGACCUGCUAUAUGUAUAACAGAAAUAAGUGCUACACAGCUAUGGUCCCACUUACUUAUCGUGGUGAGACCAAAAUGGUGCCAUCAGCCCUGACCCCUGAUUCUUGCUAUCCUGACUAGUUUGAGUCAUUCUCAAAACUAUGCAAUUCUCUCUUUAGGUUUAAGGGCUCUCCAUUUAAACCCAGAAGUUAUACUCACUGCUCAUGAAUUUGAAACCAGGAUCUUUUUUUUUGCCUUUUGGAUGGUAUAAAACUAACAUUCCCUUUAAAUAGUUAAAAUAUCAAACAUUGCUGUCAUUAUUAUGUAAUUCUUUCUCAAUUCUCAGUAUUAAAUCCUCAUGUCUGCCUGAGGAGGUAUUUUCAAGAGUUCCUUUCCUAGAGCUUAAAAAUGUAAACAAGGGGAGAAAGUAAAAUUCCAGGAGUAAAAAUCAAGGACUAAUUAAGUUAAACCCUUUUUCUUUCCUACUUUGCUGUGGAGAGCUGGAGCUUCUGCACAUUCUGUGCUAUUCUCUUUCUUAAUGUCUCACUGUGCAGAGGAAACAUACACAUAACACAGGCAGUUACAUAUCUUCACUACACGUGGAAAAGGACACAUUUUGAAACUAUUUACUAAUACUUGCAAAACAAGUUUGCUGAAAGUGGUAUUGAAAAAUGUAUUUUGACAUAACAUAUAGACUUGGCACUAGAUUUUUUUUUGAUAAAAUUUUUGACAAUCAGGUUAUUGUCUGAAGUUCUUAGAGGAAUCUAUUGUGUUGUAGCUGAAGCUAAUGAAAUUUGUAUUCCUAAAUAUGUAUUCUCUAGCACAGUUUGAACAAUUAAAUAGAUUCAUAAGCAUA